AACGGACAGGAAAGUCCUGUCGUCUACAAACCUCUGUUAUGGUCCGUGUCUUCGCUGCUGCGGCGUUGUCUGCUGCUAUCCUGGCUGCUAGCGCCAAGGCCACCAACUUUUUUCUCGCUGCUGAGGCGCCGGACUACAACAACGAGGUGGUCAGCAAUCUCUUGGCCAACGUCAGUGCCGUCCGUGGCGACCGUGAGGCGUACGCCGUCUUCGACUGGGACAACACGUGCAUGUUUGGCGACAUCUCGUACACGUCGGUGUUCUACCAGGUGAACAACCUCAACUUCCGCUUCACACCGGAGAACUUCGAGUCCAUCUUCUCGCUUGGUUACAACGCCAGUAGCAGUGACAUCUGCCUCGUUAACGGCACCAACUCGGUGAUCGGUCAGGACGUGAAUGGCACAGACGUGACACUAGCCACGACUCUGGCUGAGACUGCCAAGGACUACAAGGUGCUGUACGACGCCUAUGUUGCCCCUAAAUACAACUUAAGCAGCAGCGCUCAGAGCUCGAACGUUACGCUGGACGAGAUCAAGGAGACGACCGAGUACCAGAACUUCCGUGCCAAGAUGGGCUUCCUACUGUACAGUCUGGAGGUCAUGGAUGGCGGUGACGAUUACUCGGAAUGUUCCCAGUCUAUCGCCAUGACGGUAUUCCCUCACCUUCUGGUCGGUAUGACGGAGGAUGAGAUCAAGACGCUCAUCCGCUCCAGUAUCCGCUGGAACCUGGGCCAGGCGUUAGAGGAGCCCACGUACACGUCCACAGGCGACCUGGCGGUCGAGGGCGCGUACACCAAGGGACUACGCUUCUUCAAUGGCCAAGAGUCGACGAUGUGCGCUCUACGUGCCGCCGGUGUGGACGUGUACAUCAUCAGUGCCUCUCCUCAACUCUACGCCGCUGAGGCCGGCAACCUGCUCGGACUAGGCAACAUGGUGCCGAACGACAACGUCUUCGGCGUCCGCUUCAAAACGGACGACGCCGGGCGAUUCACCGGUCAACUGGUAGACAACUAUCCCAUCACGUGGGGUCUCGGCAAGGCCGAGAUCGUCACCAGUAUCCUGAAGCCGAUCCACCAGGGUGCUCCUCCUAUCUACGCGUCGGGCGACUCGGACGGCGACUAUGAGAUGAUGGACACGGUCCGUGACGGCGUCGUGGACACCAACAACCGUCUCAAGGGCAACUCUUCGCGCAUCAACGAGUUCUACGUAAAGGCCUGCGAGUUCUUUGGCACAACUGAGCCCAGCACUAACAACGCGUACCUCCUGCAAGGUCAGGACCAGGUCAUCGGUUCGUGGAUCACGUCCGGUUUCAGUACGGAGGACGGCGUCACGUACGAAUCGGCCGUUGACUCGUACGACCACUGCGCCCACUACAAGUUCCUCGACGUGUAA